AUGUUCUCCAUACGGACGAUCACAUUUCACAUAAAUAAAGUAUAUCGAUCUGGGCAUCGUUAUCCCCAAUGGAAUUCCUUGAAAAGUAAUCGCAAUGGUUGGAGAAUUGUAGCUUUGGGUGCUGCAGCUGCAUCUUUGAUUAUGGUGAUGUGUGUGAAACCUUUAUCAUCAAUGCAUUUGUUAGAUCAAUGUAAACGACUCAUGGAUGAUUGGCAAUCAAAUAUUAUUAUACGGAAUGAAUCCCCAUCAACUGCUCAUGAAGGGAAUUUGGACACCCAUAAAACAUUUGACGAGAUAACAAUCCCAGGUGAUAUCACUUUGUUUAGUCCACAUGUACAGAAGCUAGAAGAUGAGAUCCUGGAACGAAAACAGGACAAUGAAUCUCAGCCUCAGUUCCAUGAUGAUAAAGGAUCAAUUAGAGAUAGUGUUCCAUUAGUACCAUUGCCAUCGCCAACUCAUGACUUUCAGAUGAUAGAUGCAGAAGGGAUCAGUCUUAUGAUUCCUGUAUCAAAUGAAAAUUACACUUCAACAAAGGAAUAUGAAACUGAAGAUACUAAAAUCGAACGCAAUCCUAAUACUGGAGAGAUUAAUUGGGAUGCCCCUACUUUAGGCGGACUCGCAAAUGGACAAUGUGGUAAUGAAUUCAAACUGGCAUUCUCCUGUUUUGUUCAUUCGCAGACAACACCAAAAGGAGUAGAUUGCAUCAAAAGUUUUAACAGAAUGCAAGACUGUUUCACUAACAACAUUAGAGGAUGA